AUGCGUGUGACGUUUCCGGAGGACACAGAAUGCAGUGCACUGAGACUGACUGCAUGGUGCAGAGUGCUGCCGGGGACACGUGACAGAGAGGACACAGGUGAGAGAGAUUGCAGCUUUUGCGGUAACUAUGGCGAGAGUCGUCCGCAUCUUUAAAACGCUCCGCAACCACUGGAAGAAAAGCACUGUGGGAUUUUGCCUGCUGGCGUACGGGGGCAACUGGAUGUAUGGGAAAUACUGCGAUAACUUGCUGAGGAGGGCGGCCUGCCAAGAAGCUCAGGUGUUUGGAAACCAACUGAUUCACCCUAACACAGCCGUGAAGAAAGCGACCGUUUUCCUAAAUCCAGCGGCUUGCAAAGGGAAAGCCAAGAACCUCUUUGAGAAGAACGCAGCCCCACUUCUGCAUCUGGCUGGGUUAGAUGUUACUGUGGUAAAGACGGACUAUGAAGGUCAGGCCAAGAAACUAUUAGAGCUGAUGGAAAACACGGACCUGAUCAUCGUCGCUGGUGGUGAUGGAACCCUUCAGGAGGUUAUCACAGGACUCCUCCGCAGGCCUGACCAGGAUGUCUUCAGUAAGAUCGCCAUUGGAUUCAUCCCGCUAGGUGUGACCAACACGCUCAGCCGCACCCUCUACCCCCAGAGUGACAACAAAGUACAGCACAUCUCCGAUGCUACACUGUCCAUCCUGAAAGGAGAGACCGUUCCACUGGAUGUGCUGCAAAUAAAGGGAGAGAACGAGCAGCCUGUGUUUGCCGUGACCAGCCUGAGAUGGGGAAGUUACCGGGAUGCCGCUGCGAAAUCCACCAAAUAUUGGUAUUUGGGGCCAUUGAAGACGAGAGCUGCUCAUUUGUUCAGCACACUUAAGGAGUGGCCCCAGAGACACCAGGCUGCUAUCCUGUACCUAGGGCCCACAGAGAAACCGCCCGAAGAGCCGGCGGUGAAGCCAGGUCGCCCGCCACUGCACGUCCGGAUAUACAGGAGGCUGGUUCAGUACUGGUCGCCUCCAAAACUGGAGCUCCCGGUGGAGGUGCCGCCUGAGCCCUGGGCAGAGGUACAGCUUUCCGCUACUGAACUGACCAUUAGCACACAGAACCGCCGGCCAGACAUCACGGGCCCCCUGGAUUUCAUGAGAAUCUGUAUUGAACCCGACACCAUCAGCAAAUCAGAGUUCAUCAGUCUGGGUACUGAGAAGAUGCAGGACCCAGUGGUGUGCCCAAAGGAUGCCCAGGUUAUAAAUGCCAGCCGCUGCAGUGUACAGCUCCCGCAGGGAACAGAGGGACACUUCAGUAUAGAUUCUGAGGAAUAUGAAGCCAUGUCUGCAGAGGUGACGCUUCUGCCGCGAAAGCUGCGCUUCCUGUGUCAUCCGUCGCAGAAAGAGCAGUUUACCCAGAGUCCAGCAACAAGCACAUAACACAGGAACAAAGUCAGACGUUUCCAUCACUGCGGCUUUUCCCGGGAACGUUCUCUGCGCAGAGGGAGCACCGCCGCCAGUAUGAUAGUGUGAAGUAUUGUCCGUCCUGCUCAACGUGUAAGUGGAAUGGUCUGCUAUGGAAUUUACAGGACGAUGCCACUAAACAGACAUUCCCACCCAGGAUUGUGAACUAAUGGCAGUAAGACUUGUACCAUCAUUUUUUUUUUCUGUCACUGCUAUUAAGUCUUCUGCUAAUAAAAUGUGUCCUGGCUGAGGACCUCAACAAAAUGGCAGCCUGAUUGUUGUUGUGUAAGAGACCUUCAGACAAUUACAUUGAGUAAGGCUUAUCCAUUCAACCCCCAUGGCUGCCUACGCUGUGUGCAGUUUGUUCUAACAGAUGAACCGGGCACAGUUGUGAUGUCUAUUAUGACGUGUUUUUCCCAAUCAGAGACUUAAUAGCGACACUGCCACCUACAGACAGUUCAAAGUGAAAAUUAAAAUCAGGGCAUCAAAGUAAAAUAAAGUGUGUGUGUGUGUGUCUUUUCUGACCAAUAAAUUGCAAUGCUAAAUGCUUA